GCAUGCAGGACUUCAACUACCUGUACACAAACUGCUUUGAGAUCACUCUGGAGCUGAGCUGUGACAAGUUUCCUGCAGAAUCCGCUCUGCCCAGGGAAUGGUUCGGCAACCGAGAAGCCCUGGUUUCAUACCUGGAACAGGUGCAUCAUGGGAUAAAAGGCAUGGUGUACGAUGAGAACAACAACCCCAUCAGCAAAGCUGAGAUCUCUGUGGCUGGGAUCAACCAUGAUGUGACGAGCGGGGUGGAUGGAGACUAUUUCAGACUGCUUCUACCCGGCACGUACACGGUAAAGGCCUCUGCUCCGGGAUACCUACCCUCAGUCAACACUGUGACAGUGGGACCAGCUGAGGCCAUACAGCUUCAUUUUUACCUAAAAAAAGCUCCAAAACAAAACCAGAAAGGGAAGCACCACAACGGCAAGAAGAACCUCUCAUCCCACAAGAAUCCACUGAAGCUCGGCCCAAGAUGAGACAUGGACAAUAACGCACACACACACACCCACACACACACACACACACUGAAGGUCUCAGAUAAAACGUACUGUUGAAUCCUGUAAAUGUUCAUAUAUGCCUUUAUAGUCUCGUGUUAAACAACUCUGAUGAUUAUAAAUUGUGCGUCUGAAUUAAAGCCGUGUGUAUUUAUAUAACUGUGUUAUGUACGAACACACAUGACCUGUAUAUGUAAAAGAUCGUUUCCUUUGUUUAAGUGACAACAAA